GUUCACCUGCUGCGCUGCGGAGUCCGAGACCGUGUUCGAGGAGGUCACCCCCAUACCUGUCUCCACAGAGCCCGCCGAGAAAGAGAGACCUGCGCAGGCCAUCGUCGAGACGCCGGUGGCAGAGGGAGUGGUCUUCACUUUUCAGCUCCCGGACAACACUUCGAGGGAGGUUACGUUCAAGGCGAAGCCAUUGGGUUUGGAUUUCAGCAAAGCGGUGCCCAUGACCGUGAAAGCGGUGAAGAAGGAUUCCUUUGCAGACCAGCUCCAAAUCCAGCCCAAGUGGAUCAUCACACAUGUCCAGCGCAAGCCGCUGCCGGAGGAGUUGAGGGAUGCCAUGAAGAUCAUCUUGCAAGAAGUGAAGGACUUGCCUCAGCAGUGA